ACUUGAUAAAUAGAUAGUGUUGGCACCUGGCACAUAUUUUAGUGCACCACCUGUAUAAACAUACUUAUAAGUAGAAAAAAUGGAUUCAGAAGAAGAAACUUACGAUGAUGUCGAUUCAGGCAAUGAAUCCAGUGGAGACGACGUCGAUUUUGCUAUGGAAGUUGAAGUCACUGGACACAGAGAAAAACAGACAGAUUCAGAUGACUAUCCCUAUGAGGUUCUUAGUACCGAAGAAAUCGUCCAACACAUGGUAGAUUCUAUAAAGGAUGUUAAUUCUGUAGUAGAGAUACCAGCUACAACUACCAGAAUACUCCUUAACCAUUUUCGAUGGGACAAAGAAAAGCUUAUGGAACGAUUCUAUGAUGGCGAUCAAGAUCAGUUAUUUUCAGAGGCUAGAGUGAUAAAUCCAUUUAAAGAUCUAAAUAUCAGUUUCCGAGCUAAACCUCAGAAGAAAAAUUCAAAUGGGACAGAAGAAUGCGAGAUAUGCUUCAUGGUUUUGCCUUCAUCGCAUAUGACUGGCUUGGAAUGUGGACAUCGAUUUUGUACUCACUGUUGGUGUGAAUAUUUAACAACAAAAAUAAUGGAAGAAGGUGUUGGACAAACAAUUGCUUGUGCCGCUCAUGGUUGUGACAUUUUAGUUGACGAUGCUAGUGUUAUGAGAUUGGUUCGAGAUUCAAAAGUUAGACUGAAGUAUCAGCAUCUUAUAACAAAUAGUUUUGUUGAGUGCAACCGUCUUUUAAGAUGGUGUCCUUCGCCAGACUGCAGCAAUGCAAUUAAAGUACAGUAUGUUGAGCCACACAAGGUGAUGUGCAAGUGCAAUCAUACAUUUUGUUUUGCUUGUGGUGAAAAUUGGCAUGACCCUGUGAAAUGCCAUUUAUUAAAAAAAUGGAUAAAAAAAUGUGACGAUGACUCGGAAACCAGUAACUGGAUAGCCGCAAACACCAAAGAAUGUCCCAGAUGCAAUGUUACAAUAGAAAAGGAUGGUGGUUGCAAUCAUAUGGUUUGCAAAAAUCAAAAUUGCAAAACCGAUUUCUGUUGGGUGUGUUUAGGCCCAUGGGAACCCCAUGGUAGUUCUUGGUACAAUUGUAACAGAUAUGAUGAAGAUGAAGCCAAGGCAGCUCGAGAUGCACAAGAAAAGUCCAGAUCUGCUCUCCAACGUUAUCUAUUUUACUGCAACAGAUACAUGAACCACAUGGCUUCAUUAAAAUUUGAGCAUAAACUCUAUGCUUCUGUUAAAGAAAAAAUGGAAGAAAUGCAACAGCAUAACAUGAGCUGGAUUGAAGUGCAGUUCUUAAAGAGAGCAGUGGAUAUACUUUGUCAGUGUAGGCAAACAUUAAUGUAUACUUAUGUAUUUGCAUAUUACUUGCAAAAAAAUAACCAGUCUGUGAUCUUUGAAGAUAACCAAAAGGACCUAGAGAGUGCCACAGAAACUCUAUCAGAGUAUUUGGAGAGGGAUAUUACGUCUGAGAAUCUUGCUGAUAUUAAGCAAAAAGUUCAGGAUAAAUACAGGUAUUGCGAUAGUAGAAGAAAAGUUCUCUUAGAACAUGUUCAUGAAGGAUAUGAGAAAGAAUGGUGGGACUACAAUGAAUAGAUUUGUCCAAGGCAUCCGUUCUGUAACUAGUAUUUUAGUAUUUAUAGAUCGUAAUAAAUACCUAGUUACCUCGUUUAAGAAAAAGAUAACGGAGCUAUAAUACAAGUGCGUACUUAGUUACUGCAAUUUUAUAAGAUUUAAUUUUUUAUAUUCUUGAGUUGUUUUCUCGAACCGAAUUAAUUGGAAUCACAUUUUGAUUACCUUUAAUUUAUUUUUAUUAAGUUUUAAAUUGUUAGUUUUUUUUUUAUUUGAUUUCUGUACAGAU